UUCUAUUUUUUCUAUGCCUAAAGAUAUAUAUGGGAUAAAAAUACAAAUUUAUAGAGUUAUUAAUGGAUCAAGAUUGUACUAUAUAUAUAUAUAAAAAAGGCUCAAGACUAUUACUUAACACCCCUUCUUCACAAUCAUCAAAAAUUAUAUACAAUUGUAAAUUUUCCAUUAAAGAAAUGGCAAAUUAGUAAAAUCACUUACAUUCCCUUCUCUUCUAUAAAUAACACAUCUGAUAAUCAAUUCCCCCAACACGUGAAAUUCUCAUUUCAAUUUUUUUUUUUUUUAAAAAAAAAAAGGCACGAUGUCGUCAUAUUCACCCUCGUCCGUACUCCUCCUCCUCCUAGUAAUAUUCAUCUUCGGCGGCUCAUCAGCCGAAGCCGCCGAAGCACCACUAUCGAGCGCGGCGAAGGAGUAUCUCCAGGCGCACAACCAAGCCAGAGCCGCAGUGGGAGUGGAGCCGCUAGAUUGGAGCGAGACAUUGGCCAACGCAUCGAGCCGAGUUGUUAGGUACCAGCGCAACAAGAUGAGCUGCAAUUUCGCGAACCUGACUAACAGCAGGUACGGCGCGAAUCAGUUCUGGGCCGGCGGCGGCUCGAGCACGCCGCGUAUGGCGGUCGAUAAGUGGGUGGAAGAGAAAAAAUACUAUAACCACGGAAACAACACGUGCGCUCCAAACCACACGUGCGGGGUUUAUACACAAGUGGUAUGGAGGAAGUCACUCCAUUUGGGCUGUGCUCAAGCCACGUGUACCAAGGAUCAGACCACAAUCGCCAUUUGUUUCUACGAUCCUCCUGGUAAUUAUGUUGGAGAAACCCCUUAUUAGUUGAGACUUUUUCAACCCUUAAUUAAUUAAGUAUGUUUAAUUAUAUGUUUAGUGGGUUGUAUUAAUAGUAGUAGUAAUUGUGUUUUAUUUUAUGUUCCACGUGGCACGUGUAAACCUUAAUUAAUUACGAUUGGUUAUUAUUAUAAUUUAGUAGUGUGAUAUGUGAUCCAAAA